CGGGAGGACGCGACGCCGUCCCGCAGGCCAGGGCGCACUUCCGGGACGGUCGCGGCGCUGGAGCUGGAAGAGGUCCGGGAAGCUGUAGCCUCUUUGCCAAGCUCUUUGCCAGGCGGGCAGGUCCAAGCAGCGUCCGCCUCACGCUGACCGCCCUGCAGGCCAGGGCUCCAGACAGCUGCCAAGAUGGGUGAAAGGAAAGGCGUGAACAAGUACUACCCUCCGGACUUCAACCCCGAGAAGCAUGGCUCUCUCAACCGAUACCACAAUAGCCACCCCCUUCGGGAGCGUGCUCGGAAGCUGUCACAAGGAAUCCUCAUCAUCCGAUUCGAGAUGCCGUAUAAUAUCUGGUGUGAUGGCUGCAAAAAUCACAUUGGCAUGGGCGUUCGGUAUAACGCAGAGAAGAAGAAGGUUGGAAAUUACUACACCACCCCAAUCUACAGGUUCCGGAUGAAAUGCCACCUGUGUGUCAAUUACAUCGAGAUGCAGACAGACCCCGCCAACUGCGACUACGUGAUCGUGAGCGGUGCCCAGCGCAAGGAGGAGCGCUGGGACAUGGAGGACAAUGCGCAGGUGCUGACCACAGAGCACGAGAAGAAAGAGAAGCUGGAAACGGAUGCCAUGUUCCGCCUGGAGCACGGCGAGGCGGACCGCAGCACGCUCAAGAAGGCCCUGCCCAGCCUCAGCCUCAUCCAGGAGGCCCAGAGCGCCUGGAAGGACGACUUUGCCCUCAAUAGCAUGCUGCGCCGGAGGUUCCGGGAAAAGAAGAAAGCCAUGCGAGAGGAGGAGGAGAGGGACCAGGCCUUGCAGGCCAAAGCCAGCCUGGCCAUCCCGCUAGUGCCUGAGACCGAGGACGACCGCAGGCUGGCGGCGCUGCUCAAGUUCCACACCCUGGACUCCUAUGAGGACAAGCAGAAGCAGAAGCGCUCAGAGGUCAUCAGCCGCUCCUGGUUCCCUGCGGCCCCCGGACCCGGGGCCACGGGCAGCAAAGCCAGCGGUGUCCUGAAGAAGCUGUCCCAAGCUCGCAGGGCCAUCGCACCGGCCAGCUCGCCCUUCACGGUGGGGGACCUGGGCAUCGUGCGGCGCCGCUCCUCCCGGGAUGGCCUGGAGACCCCGCCACACCCCGAGAGCCCCGCGGCCGGGGAGACGCAGGGAGCCGCACAGGACCCUCCGGCACCCCCGCAGGACAGCCAUCAGGACACCCCCAACCCCAGCAGGCCGCAGACGGAUGCACAGGACACAGCCCUGCCUGCCCCAGCCCCCGCACCCCACAGACCUCGAGGCCCCCCAGACGCGCCGCACCCCGACGGCCCCAACCCCUCGCUAGUGGCCGACUACUCAGGCUCCGAGAGCGAGUGAGGGCGGCCGGGACCCCGGAGACCCCGACACGGACUGCAGCCCUCCCCAGACCUCGCCUCCUCAAAGAUGGAGUUAUUUAUUUGGUCUUGUUGACCGGCUACCCCACAUUAAAGCCCUGUUCGUUGUCCCC